AUGAAGCUCAUGAGAUUUUUGAUGAAAUUGGGUCAUGAAAUUGUAACCACUGAAUUAAAGAGUAGAACACAGGUCCAUGGAACAAUCACAGGUGUAGAUGUAAGCAUGAAUACACAUCUUAAAGCUGUGAAAAUGACCCUGAAGAACAGAGAACCUGUACAGCUGGAAACACUGAGUAUUUGCAGAAAUAACAUUCAGUAUUUUAUUCUGCCAGACAGCUUACCUCUGGAUACACUUCUCGUGGAUGUUGAACCAAAGGUGAAGUCUAAGAAAAGGGAAGCUGUUGCAGGAAGAGGCCGAGGAAGAGGCCAAGGCAGAGGAAGAGGUGGUCCUAGGUGA